AAAGUUGCGAACGCGAUUUAGUUGUAAACGAGCCACAAAGCCGAGCGGUUGCGAAAAGUAUUCCGCUAACUAGUCACCAGAGCCACAAGUACCCCCGACUAGCCCACUUCAUACCCCAAGUGCAACAGGUUUCUGGCCUCAAUCCAUCUGUAGUCAGAGCUCCACCAUGAACACUCUGGCGCUGCUGGCCUUCGCCUUCUGGGUCCUGUUCCUGCGCUACCUGCCGCGCAUCCUCAACUUCCUCAGGAUGCACAGGUUCGCCAACACGCUGCCAGGACCGUCGAUUGGAGAGCUCAUAGCCACUGUGAAGAAAGGAGAAAUCCUCAACUGGCUGAAGGAAAUGCGCGAGAAACACGGCUCCGUCUUCCGCAUUUGGUUCGGCAAGGACCUCACAGUGCUGUUCAGCGAUCCGGAGGACAUCAAGCAGCUGCUGAGCAACAACACGCUGCUGACCAAGUCGAGGAACUACGAGCUCCUGGAGCCCUGGCUGGGCAAGGGCUUGCUGACCAAUGGAGGAGAGUCCUGGCACAGGAGGCGCAAGCUCCUCACGCCUGGCUUUCACUUCCGCAUCCUGGGCGAGUUCAAGGAGCCGAUGGAGGAGAACUGCCGCAUCCUGGUGCGUCGCCUGCAGGAGAAGGCCAACGGAGAGUCCUUCGACAUCUACCCUUACAUAACCCUCUUCGCCCUGGACGCCAUUUGCGAGACGGCGAUGGGAAUCAAGAAGCACGCCCAGCUCCAGAGCGACUCGGAGUACGUAAAGGCCGUCCAGACGAUCUGCCGUGUCCUGCACAAGCAGAGCUUCUCCUUCUGGCAGCGGUUGAACGUCUUUUUCAAGUACACCCAGGCGGGCCGGGAGCGGGACAACUGCCUGAAGGUCCUGCACGAUGAGACGACGAGGGUCAUACGGCUGCGCCGGGAGCAGCUUCUCCAGGAGCGGGCCGAGUCCCGUCCGGAGGCCGAGCAGGACGAUGUGGGCGGCAAGCGGCGCCUGGCCUUCCUCGACAUGCUCCUCCUCACCCAAAUGGAUGGCGGGGCCGAGCUGAGCGACACGGACAUCCGGGAGGAGGUGGACACCUUCAUGUUCGAGGGCCACGACACCACCAGCUCGGCCAUCGCCUUCACCCUCAGCCUGCUGUCCAAGAACGCGGCGGUGCAGCAGCGGGCCUACGAGGAGGCCUGCGAGAUGGAGGGCCGCGAGAAGGAGCCGAUGCCCUACCUGGAGGCGGUCAUCAAGGAGUCGCUGCGCAUCUACCCCGCCGUCCCCUUCUUCUCGCGCAAGCUACUCGAGGACCUGCAGAUGGGCAAGAUGACCUUGCCCAAGGGCACUGCGAUCAGCUGCCUCCUCUACAUGGUGCACCGCGACCCCAAGAACUUCCCGGAGCCGGAGAAGUUCGACCCGGACCGGUUCCUCCUCAACGAGAAGGAAAUCCAUCCCUUCGCCUUUGCCGCCUUCAGCGCGGGGCCCAGGAACUGCAUAGGCCAGAAAUUCGCGAUGCUGGAACUGAAGACCUCGCUCUCCAUGCUCCUCAGGAGCUACCGCUUCCUGCCGGACGAGGAGCACAAGCCACGACCCCUGGCCGAGAUCGUGAUGAAGAGCGGCAACGGCAUCCACCUGCGGAUUCUUCCACGCGACGAGAAGGAAUCUCCCAGCUCAGCCUGAUUCUCCCUUCGAUUACCACGAUUAUCUCUUUUUUUUGUUUGGCCUCGUUUUAAACUAAAACUAUGUAUAUACUUAGGCAGUAAAUUAAUAAAAUACUAAACAUUAA